UUGCAGCCAAAGUAAAUUCAUUCAGCAAAUCGUCGACACGCAGGAAGAGCUUACUCACAGAACUCAUAGGACGAGGGCGACUUAAGCCAUAUCAUAAACUGUCCAUGAAGCGACAUAUGCCCGCCUUGAGUUUGAUGAGUGCGUACGUAUCUUCAUCAUGGGAAUGCAGGGCCCCUUAACUGCCCAAGCGCUUGGCCGGUCUCCUUAUGACGAUGUUGUUGAAUGGGAUGAUGAUCAUGACGAGCCACCAAAUACCAACGACUCUGGCCAACAAUAUGACCAUCGAGGCCGUCCAAUCAACCCUGAAACCAAAAGAGUCAACAGAGACAUCAUUCGUUCCCAUAAUGAAGUUAUGCUAGUUAUUGGGGUCGCUGAGCAAGAGAAUCCAACUACAAAUCCAGAGGCCGAGUCUGAUAAACGUCAUGCCAUGUAUGAGGAUGACGUGGGCACUAAUCUUGCCUUCUCAGCCCUUCGUUGCGUGGACGCUGCCGGUGCCUUUGGGCUAGAUGGCUUCCGUCAGCGAGUUUUGAUUUACAAACGCUAUUCUCACAUCCCGUUUUGGGAUUUGUAUGCACAAUCCCGAAGUACCUUUUCUAUCUCCCAAGAUCUUCUGCCUGGUGCGUCUGUCAGCCUUUUCAGCAAUUACAUCGACCGACAAAUUGCUCUAUUGUGGCGUGACAGGCCCGACAGGGUGUUUGCUCGUCGACUAGCCCAUGAAGCCUGGUCAUACGUUCGGGUUCAUCUAGAGCUAUACAUUGCUCUGAAACGGCUUGGCCUGGCCUCAAGCACUAACUGGCUCCCAAGCCUAUCCUUCUUCGUCCCAUUUACUCAAGAUUCACCAAUUCCGCCCCCCCCACCAGCGAAGGACCUGUCUUUCCAGUCUGUUUUACAAUGGGUUGGAGGCCUGUGCAUAUGUUCGACGCCGUUUCUCGUCUGGAUAAUGUCUCAGAGACUUAUCCGUGACUGGAGACCCCAAAUUUGGGCGAGGAUAUUUCGGUGGCUACCGAACACUGGUUCUCUUUCUGGCGUGACUAACAGCUGGAUGCAAGCCGACAGAUCUGGUGACAGAUCAGAGCACCGGCGUGCUCGGAGCACGAUCGAUGAUGUUUCGCCUAUACGGCCGGUCGAUGGACAAAUGCCCAACGAUACGGGCCCAGUAGAAGCUGUUCGGCGGCCAAGUACUUUCUCGGCACGUGGAGAUGACUAUGCAACUGACGAAGAAGAUAACGAAGGCCUUAGUGCCACUUUGAUCAGCUUUGAUGUUGAAGCCACAGCUGAAACCAGCGAAGCACCUCCUGGACUCUGGAGCGCCGAACUAAGACCAAGCGUCGAAGCAAGGGGAGCACUUCUGCCUACAACCACCUACUGCGAUACAAUGCUGACGCAGCUGCCCCCUUUAAUUGCCUCACAUAUCUUUACUGAUGCCGUUUUGAGAUUGGUGACUGCACCGUGGGAAGCAACCGCCCUGCGGUUGAUGGCCCAUAGUCUCCGUCAACGGUUUAACCUCCCAACUCAUGACUUUUGUGAAAUUAAUAUUCUCAGUCAUCUCGAUUUGACAUUCGCUGUCAACUUUUUGAGUACUCAAGUGCUGCACUUAGCUUUAUGUGGAGAGGUUUGGGCAGCCUUCACGACAGUGGCCACAGUCUUACACACAACCCCUGACGAGUGGCGGGAGGCCGAAGCCGAGGACCAGGAGAAAAGACAAGAUUGGAUAGAUGAGAAUGUUUAGCCGAGACCCGAUAACUCCAGGUCUUCGUGCCGCACAGCAUAUAUCAGAAUGCAACUGUCCAAUAUGAACGACUUGAACAUGAAUUCCCUAGACCUAUCUGGGGAACUGGCUUGGCAUUGGAUGGAUUUCUUUGUCCCAAUUGUUACUGUCAAGCCCUCCAAAACGUGUGUCAUGAAAAGAAAGCCUAAAUGUUUGCAUGAGACCUUGCGUUGCAGCCUUGAACUGGCUAAGGAAACGUGAUGCAUGGAUGUUUCAAAAACAGCUCCCAUGCCUGACUGAAAGCCUACGCGACUAUGGCUGAACAACCCGCUUGAUGCGCUGCAUAAUAGGGAUGCACGCAGAGGCUAAGAUACCGGGAGAAGGGCGUUAAAUAUGGAUGCAUUGCCAAAGGAACCUUGCUAUCUGAUGCGUUACAAUAAGUCACAUACUAUCGUCUGACAUGUUACACAGCAAUAUAAGGUAGUGUGAAAACCAUCACACCUUUCUUAGAUUAGUCUCAUAUCCAAUUCCUUCAAUCUGCUCAUAUCAUGGAGUUACUGUUAUAAGUAUCAAUUGCAAAGUUAUUCAACGAGAACCAACAAAAUCAUUCCAGACUGGCAC